UUUAAAGCCUCACCUGGAAGAGAUGAACCAAUCAGAACAGUGCUGACAAAGGGAGUGGCUGGCAUUGGGAAAACAGUCUUAACACAGAAAUACACCCUGGACUGGGCUGAAGACAAAGCCAACCAGGACAUCCAGUUCAUAUUUCCAUUCACCUUCAGAGAGCUGAAUGUGCUAAAAGAUGAGAAGUUCAGCUUGGUGGAACUUGUUCAUCACUUCUUUACUGAAACCAAAGAAGCAGGAAUCUGCAGCUUUGAAGACUUCCAGGUUGUGUUCAUCUUUGAUGGUCUGGAUGAGUGUCGACUUCCUCUGGACUUCCACAAAACUGCAAUCCUAACUGACCCUAGAAAGUCCGCCUCAGUGGAUGUGCUGCUGAUAAACCUCAUAAGAGGGAACCUGCUUCCCUCUGCUCGCCUCUGGAUAACCACACGACCUGCAGCAGCCAAUCAGAUCCCUCCUGACUGUGUUGGCAUGGUGACAGAGGUCAGAGGGUUCACUGACCCACAGAAGGAGGAGUACUUCAGGAAGAGAUUCAAAGAUGAGGAGCAGGCCAGCAGGAUCAUCUCCCACAUCAAGACAUCACGAAGCCUCCACAUCAUGUGCCACAUCCCUGUCUUCUGCUGGAUCACUGCUACAGUUCUGGAGGAUGGGCUGAAAGGAAGAGAGGGAGGACAGCUGCCCAAGACCCUGACUGAGAUGUACAUCCACUUCCUGGUGGUUCAGGCCAAAGUGAAGAAGGUCAAGUAUGAUGGAGGAGCUGAGACAGAUCCACACUGGAGUCCAGAGAGCAGGAAGAUGAUUGAGUCUUUGGGAAAACUGGCUUUUGAUCAACUGCAGAAAGGAAACCUGAUCUUCUAUGAAUCAGACCUGACAGAGUGUGGCAUCGAUAUCAGAGCAGCCUCAGUGUACUCAGGAGUGUUCACACAGAUCUUUAAAGAGGAGAGAGGACUGUACCAGGACAAGGUGUUCUGCUUCAUCCAUCUAAGUCUUCAGGAGUUUCUGGCUGCUCUUCAUGUCCAUCUGACCUUCAUCAACUCUGGAAUCAAUCUGCUGGAAGAACAACAAAGAAAAAAACACAAAUCUUUCCUGAAGACUGCUGUGAGAAAGGCCUUGAAGAGUCCAAAUGGACACUUGGACUUGUUCCUGCGCUUCCUCCUGGGUCUUUCACUGCAGAAUAAUCAGACUCUCCUACGAGGCCUGUUGACACAGACAGGAAGUAGCACACAGAGCAAUGAGGAAACAGUUGAGUACAUCAAGAAAAAGCUCAGUAAGAAUCUGUCUGCAGAGCAAAGCAUCAAUCUGCUCCACUGUCUCAAUGAACUGAAUGAUCGUUCUCUAGUGGAGGAGAUCCAACAGUCCCUCAGAUCAGGAAGUCUCUCCACAGGUAAACUCUCUCCUGCUCAGUGCUCAGCUCUGACCUUCAUCUUACUGUCAUCAAAGGAGGCUCUGGAUGUGUUUGACCUCAAGGAAUACUCUGCUUCAGAAGAGGCUCUUCUGAGGCUGUUGCCUGUGGUCAAGACCUCCAAAAAAGCUCUGCUGAGCAGCUGUAACCUCUCAAAGAGCGGCUGUGAAGAUUUGUUGUCAGUUUUCAGCUCGCAGUCCUGUGAUCUGAGGGAGCUGGAGCUGAGUACCAACAGCCUGAGUGAUUCAGCAGUGAAUCUUCUGUUUGCUGCAAUGGAGAGUCCACAUGCCAAACUGAAUAUUUUAAGACUCAGCACCUGUGAACUCUCAGAGGAACAUUGUGAAGCUCUGGUUUCAGUUUUCAGCUAUCGGUCCUCUAGCUUAAGAGAGCUGGACCUGAGUAUCAAAAACCUGCAGGAUUCAAGUGUGAAGCUUUUGGCAGCUGGACUACAAAGUUUAAACUCUAAACUGUAUACUCUGAGACUUAGUAACUGUAACCUCUUGGAGAGAAGCUGUAAAUCGCUGUCCUUAGUUCUCAGCUCUCAGUCCUCCAGUCUGAGAGAGCUGGAACUGAAUAAUUCCGACUUGCAAGAUUCAGGAGUGAAGCUUCUAACUGCUGGAUUAAAUAGUGCACUGUGUACACUGAAGACUCUCAGGCUGUCAGGCUGUUUGAUCACAGAUGAUGGCUGUACUUCUUUGGCCUCAGCUCUGAACUCCAAUCCCUGCCAUCUGAGAGAACUGGACCUGAGCUACAAUCAUCCAGGAGACUCAGGCAUAAAGCUGCUGUUAGCUGGACUGAAGGAUCCAAGCUGGAGACUGGAUACUCUCAGGGUGGAGCCUGCUGGAGUCCAAUGGUUGAGACAGUCUGUGAAACUCUGA